AUAUAAGGGAACAGUCUUCUCCUCACUCCCCAUUAUCUAGUCAGACUAGUAUAAAGCAGAGAGAGAGUGAAAACAUGUCAACACAGAAAACGAGUGCCUUCUCCACGCAUUUGUCUACUUUUUUCGAAAAUUUUGGCGGGAGCUACCCUCCUCGACCAGUUUUCCACGACUGGCCAGCGUGUUUCAAGAUCUAUCAAGAUGUCUGCCUUGAAAUGCCUGAGAAGUUACACACGCUUAACAGUCCAGAGGAGUUCAGAAAGUGGAUGACAGUAAAAUUGAACGAUGUCAAUUUAUCCGAAGUCGACGUUGCUAUUACGGCUCAGAGGGGGGCGAGGUGGAGCCCUGUGCUGGCGGGUUACCUGGGUUGUCUGGCCUACCUGGCACACGCCUACCGCUGGGGCACCGUACCGACCACGAGCCGGGAACGAGAAAGAACGACCCUCCAGUUCCCCGCCUGUCUAUGGGAGCCCUUUAAAAAGGUGAAUGAUUAUUUCGGUCUUCCAUACCGUGGUAAUCAUUUUUCCCUCAUGGCAUGCAACGCUCUUUAUGAUGAAAAUGGAGCCCCAGUCGACAUGAAGUUCAACUGGAAUUAUGACCCAGAAAUAGCGUCACAAGAAAACAAUUUCAAGUUACUAAUGGUAAAGGCAGAGUGCGAAACACCUCAUAUCCUCAGUGCCCUUGGAAGGUAUUUGGAUCUGCUCGAAAUGUUUUCUGUGUCAGGGGCGGUCGACGUGGAUGACAUCGAGGAACGGAUGAUCGAAGAAGUGUAUGUUGCAAAGCGCCAUCUCGCGGCAGCUCUGAUGCUCGUAAACAAAAACAUGCACGAAAAUUUCAUUUCACGGAAGAUCUUUGCACCGCACGUCCAGGGGAUGAUAGCCUGGGGCAUAGAUUCGGACAUCGGGUCGUCUGCCUCGGAAAACCUCAUUUUCCAAGCAAUAAAUGUGUUUUGCAAUAUGGAAGGCGGGAGCGAAAUGAGCCGUUUUGGAAAGAGGACACGGGGGAACAUCCCAGAAAAUUCCAGAGCUUUACUGAAGAGUUUUGAAGAGAGCACUGAAAGAGACCUCUUUCCGACCGAGAAACUGAGGAAAGCAAAGGCCGACGUCAUCACGGUGUAUUAUUCCUUUAUUUUGGGACAUGCGCGUAAGGUGCCGGAGUACAUAGCUGAGAGUCACAUGACUGCAUCCGGGUUCUUAAAGGAAGACUUGGUGUGCCGCUUCAAGCGCCAGAUGAAGGAGCGGUGCGACGAAGUUUCUUCCGCUAGAAACAAAGCACUUGGCAGAUCGUCUGAUGCCUCUUUCGAGAGUGAAGACGUUGGGAAUAGUUUGUGGUCGUGGAGUAAAGCAGCGUUUCAGUGGGGGAAAGAGGUUCUAACGUCUCACUACAGACUAAUGAUCGUUUUGAUUUUGUCUUCUUGAGUUAUGGUUAACUCUCCCAUUUUCGUCGCGGAGCAGCACAAUCGCUCUACUUGCGCAAGUGUGAUAAAUCGAACCAAAGAAAUAUUUUGCUAUAUUUUACAUGUUAUUCGGGACCAGACUGUGAGCAAAUUCUCUUGGCAAUAUGCCGUUUUCUUAAAUAUAAAGGGACGGAGUAUUGGCGGGCAUACUCAAAGUGUUGCGUUAAAGUUUCUUUUUUAAAAUAUUCACUGUCAGUUUAAACUUUUUUAUAAUUCAAAACGCCAUUUAGGCUCGUUUUUAGGGGUUACAUGUAUUUUGUUUGGUGUUUGGCGGAUCCAGGAUUAUUUAAAGGGGGGUCCCACUUUUUAGGAAUGACAGGCCUCUGAUGCGGAGCCGACCCUCAGACCCUUUGGGGUGUUUUGGAGGGCAAACAGUGGUAUUUAGAACUGUUAAGAACUAUGAAUCAGCUUGACAAAAUCCUAAUUCCAAGAGGGGAAUAUCAGUGUGAUUUUUUUACAGAAACCGAAAGGGGGUCAGGACCCCCAUGAGCACCCUUCCGCAACUGUGUCGUCAAAAUGUAGUUCAUGAUUUGUUAAAAAAUUUUACAUUUUGAUAUCAAAUGCACCUCCUUUCCUUUAAUAAUUGUUAUACAAGGUUUAAUUUUGAAUCUAUUUUUUUGCUUAACAUAUAUAUAUAUAUAUAUAAUACUUUCCAGACUAUAACAUUUUGAAAAGAUAUUGUAAAGUGC